UUCCUUACUUGCAUCUCGAAAAUAGAUCAAAUUUAUUACGUCAAACUAUGUUUUCAACCUGCAAUGGGUUCUGAACCCGUAGGUGACGUUUAAUUAAAUAUAAAUGUGAUUAUUUAUAUAUUUAGGAAUUUAAAACUUGUACAUUUGUAUAGUGAUAAGUAUAAUAUCCAUAUUUAAAAGUUUAUUUUUACCAAUAAUUUUGUUGAUGAAUAAGAUAUAAUGUCCUUCGAGUACUUACCCGUGGCCGAAGACGAAAAUGAAGAGCCCAUAGAACUACCAGUCGAAGAAGAUGGAACGUUGAUGCUAACAACUGUGUCCGCGCAAUUCCCCGGUUGCUGCGGCCUCAAGUAUCGCCAUCCGGAAACGAGAAACAACCGAGGUAUAAGAUUAAGAGAUGGCAGGCUUUACCCCCCUCCUGAAGGAUGGGGUAAUCACUUGUAUAUUUGCAGCUUUCCUAAAGAAAACAAAAGGAAAUCGGGAGAAAGCUCCGAAACAUCAUCAGUCAAGAACAAGAGAAAUGAUAACUUAUGCUCUGAUUUAAUAGUAUUAGGGCUGCCAUGGAAAGCAACUGAGCAAACUGUCAGAGAGUAUUUUGAGAAAUUUGGAGAAGUCCUGAUGGCGCAAUUGAAAAGAGAUGCAAAGACGGGAAUGUCUAAGGGUUUCGCCUUCAUUAGAUUCGCUUCUUACACUUCGCAAAUGAGGGUGUUGGCCCAGAGGCACAUGAUAGAUGGCCGCUGGUGUGAUGUGCGAAUACCAAACUCCAAGGAGGGUUCAGUCAACUCUAUGCCCUGUAAAGUGUUUGUCGGCCGCUGCACUGAAGAAUUAACAGCUAAUGAUUUAAGAGAGUAUUUUUCUCAGUUUGGAGAAGUUACAGAUGUUUUUAUUCCAAAGCCAUUUAGAGCGUUUAGUUUCAUUACGUUUUUGGAUCCAGAAGUAGCCCAAAGUUUGUGUGGUCAAGAUCAUAUAAUAAAAGGUGUGUCAGUGAAUGUGUCUAAUGCGUCCCCUAAGCAAAACAAGAGUGGCUCCAACCAGCGGAACUUGCCAAGUAGAAACUAUGAUGAAGGCCAUAUGCACUCGGCAUCAAACAACAACUCUUGGAGCAGCAACCGUAGCAUGGAUAUGGUGAACAUGCAAGCACUUGGAAUGUCUGCUCAGCAUGGGCAGACUGGAGUAGCCGGUGGAGGCGGGCAGGGGCAAGGAGGAAGCAUGCCGCUUGGUAUGAGUGGACUCCCUGUAAACCAAGCAUUGGUGGCAGCAGCACUGAACCAGGCAGCAGGUUGGGGCCUCAUCAACAACAUACCCUCUGGAGGGUCUGAUCAAGGUGCUUUUGCCGGUCCGGGGUCCUCGGCACCGCCAGCUCCGCCCAACUUUCUCUCAUGGAUGCAACAAGGUAACUCAGCACAGGGACCUUCUAGUCAAUGGGGACAGCGGCACCAGUCCCAGGGCCACUCGGUUUGAUCCAAUGUAUGAUUUGACAAGCUCAUGAUAAUCUCUGUGAUUGUAGCAACAUUUAGAUAAUUGUCAUUGGUAUAUGGGUUUUAGUCUGCUGCUGAGAGAUGGUUUGUUUGUAUCUUCAUUGUUUGCUACUAAUGUUAUUUAUUUCUAAUGAAAUUGCUUGUGUUUUGUUGAGUUUCUUCGUGGUUUCUUCAAAUCCAUAAUAUAAUUAACCACCUCUUUGUCAUAGGUCCUACACAUGGUAAAUGACAUCAACAGUUAUAUCAAUUGCUAAUAACAUAUGGG